AUCCGGACACGCUUUUGUUUGUGGAUGAACACUCCAACCCGUUUCGGAAAUGUGGACAGAAAUUGGGAAAUUAUUAUUUUUUCAUUUUAUGGUCUGGGAAUUAUACUCGGCAAAAGGUGCUGAAACAGGCACUGAAACGGAGUGCGAGGAUGGACAGUUUCAGUGCAGCAAUAAGAGAUGCAUUCCCACCAUAUGGAGAUGCGAUGAUGAUGAUGACUGCUCGGACAACAGCGAUGAGGAGAACUGCCUGAAGAAGACAUGUGCGCCCUCAGAGUUUGCAUGUGCGAACGGUCAGUGUGUUCCUGGGCGCUGGCAGUGUGAUGGAGAACCAGAGUGUCCAGAUGGAUCGGAUGAGGCAGACAACACCUGCACAGUCAAACAGACUUGUCCACCGGAGAAGUUUGACUGUGGAGGGACGUGUGUGUCGCUGUCCUGGCGUUGUGAUGGUGAAAGAGACUGUGAAAAUGGUGCAGAUGAAGAGGACUGCGCAGCGGAUGCCAGGUCCUGCUCAGCAGGAGAGUUCCAGUGUCGUAACCGUAAAUGUUUAGCACCGGUGUACGUGUGCGACGGUGACGACGACUGUGGAGAUGGCAGUGAUGAAGAGAAGUGCUCUCCGCCCACCUGUGGACCGCACGAGUUUCGAUGUAACAGUUCAGAGUGUGUGCCACAACCCUGGACCUGUGACGGCGACCCCGACUGCUCUGAUGGCUCUGAUGAGUGGGCGGGGCGAUGUGGGGGUGGGUCUGGACGGCCAUCUCCGCCCCUUGCCCGCAGGCUGCAGUGCAGUGCUGGAGAGUUCCACUGUGGCAGUGGGGAGUGUGUGAGACUGGCCUGGAGGUGUGACAGAGAUCCUGACUGCAAGGACAAAUCAGACGAGGCCGACUGCCCUCUGCUCACAUGCCGACCCGAUGAGUUCCAGUGUGGCGAUGGAUCCUGCAUCCACGGCAUCAAACAGUGCAACAAAAUACAUGACUGCCUCGACAAAAGCGACGAGGCCGGCUGUGUCAACGCCACAAAGUGUGAAGGCCCUCUGAAGUUCCUCUGUAGGAACGGGGAAUGCAUUGAUGGAAGCAAGGUGUGUGACAAUGUGAAGGACUGCAAGGAUCGAUCAGACGAAUCCAAGGAGUGCAGCUUAAAUGAAUGUUUGCUCAACAAUGGUGGCUGCUCACAUAUCUGUUUGGAUCGGCCCAUUGGAUACGAGUGCCAGUGUCCCACUGGAUACAAGCUGCUGGACAAAAGGACAUGUGGAGACAUUGAUGAGUGUGAGAACCCUGAUGCUUGCAGUCAGAUCUGCAUUAAUCUUAAAGGGGAUUUCAAGUGUGAGUGUCACCCAGGCUAUGAGAUGGACCCUGUGAGCAAGACUUGCAAAGCAGAGGGAAAAAGCCCUUACCUGAUGUUCACAAACAGGCAUGAGAUCAGGCGUAUUGACCUUGUGAAGAGGGACUACACGCAGGUGGUUCCUACUCAGAAGAACGCUGUUGCCAUCGAUAUAGACGUGGCCGCCAACCGCAUGUUCUGGUGUGACCGUUUUCAACGCAAAAUAUACAGUGCGUACAUCCAUGAGGCGAGCGACCCAUCUCGGCACAUUACUCUGAUCGACUCAGAUCUGCACUCCCCUGAGGGUCUAGCUCUGGAUUGGGUCCAGCACAACCUCUACUGGACUGACUCGGGUGACAGAACUAUCUCUGUGGCCUCUUCAGAUGGCAGCAAGAGACGCGUGCUGAUCAGCACCGAAUUGAGCGAGCCGCGGGCCAUCGCUGUUGAUCCAGAGCGAGGGUUCAUAUACUGGUCUGACUGGGGCAUUCGGGCCAAGAUUGAGAAAGCUGGCAUGAAUGGUGUGGAUCGACAGGUGUUGGUGUCUGAAGACAUUGAGUGGCCCAAUGGAAUCACUCUUGAUGUAGUUGGCAAGCACUUGUACUGGGUGGACUCCAAACUGCACCUGAUCUCCAGCAUAGAUUUAAAUGGUGCCCAUCGCAGAGUCAUCCUGUCCUCCACAGAGAGACUUGGCCAUCCUUAUGCCCUCGCUGUGUUCGAGGAUCGAGUGUACUGGACAGACCGUGAAAAAGAGGCCGUAUACAGCGCAAACAGACUCACGGGUCAAGAUGUGACUAGCCUUGCAGAACACCUCAACGACCCUCAUGACAUUGUCGUUUUCCACGAGCUGAGCCAACCUGAGGCUCCUGACAGCUGUAACCUGGGCGGCGUGACUAACGGUGGCUGUGACUUUCUGUGUCUGCGAGCCCCUCAGAUCAGCGAGCACUCGCCCAAGUACACCUGUGCUUGUCCUGAUGGAGAGGAGCUGAGCCCUGAUACACGCCAAUGUGAACCCGUCCAAAAUGAGACUGCUGCAAUGCCCACUAUGCCCAGCAACAUCACUAUGGAAACAGUGAUGGGGGCUGGCCGGGUACCAGAGUUCCCUGCGGCUGUAACCUCUCAGUCUGACAGUGUGGCUGAGACCAGCACCUCAUUGCUCCUCACUUCCAGUGCAGAGGAACAGGCUGCAGACUCCUUGAAUGUUACAGCAGAGCAUAUUCCAACCCAGACAUCCAGUACCACACCAGGAGACAUGAGCAACUUGUCCCAUCAGUCUGGCAAUGAGUUGUUUCUCCUUGGCCGUAAUCUGACAGUGGCAGUGCUUGGCGUUGUGAUUCCCAUAGUUCCUAUUGUUGCCACAGUGGUCUUCGGGGUGCUCUGUGCCGGAGGAUACCUUGUGUACCGCAACUGGAGGCGGAACAGCACCAAGAGCAUGAACUUCGACAAUCCCGUCUACCGCAAGACCACGGGAGAGACAGAGGAGGACGAGAUUCAUAUCGGGCGGACUGGCGGACUCGCUGGACACCACCACCCUUACCCUGGACCCGUGGUGGGCAUGACGCCAGUCGUUACAGGGACGUGCCCGCCUUUCAUUGCUCUGCCUCUAGGGACGGGCUUACCAGACCCAGCCACACACUGGUACACAGAGCAGCCCACCAUUUCCAGUACUUAGUGAAGGGAAGGAACUCUAGAAAUAUUGUAAGUGCCUGGAGCAGGACUGAGAUAUGGCUGCAAAGCUAUGCAGGUACUGAGCAAGAGACAUUUUUGUGAGCUGAAACAUUCUUAAAGAGGCCAGUUUUUAUAGUACAUCUCAACCCACUGGAGUGCAAACACUGGAUACGCACUGUAAACAAGCUGGAAAUUUGUGAAGGAAAGUUGUCUGUAUUUCAGACCCAUGUUCAUUUGGCAUAUUUUAAGCAUCAUCUUAACCUGAUCUCAUAGAAUCCCAUUACUAAACCUACCUUUUUUGCCAAAUUUGUACAUGCCUCAUUGUACGUUCACUGAAGUUUUCUGGUGAAAUGAACACUAGAGGCGCAACAACAGCAAUGACUUUUAUUUCCUUUCUCACGAAUCACGAGCAAAACGGCGGACUAACAGUAAAAAAAAAAGUAUUUUUCGCCCUGUUCCUCACACAAUGUUAUCUUAUGAAGUAUAAGUUCUUUUACUAUAGUGCAUGAUGUGUAAGGCAAUACAUUUUAACAUUUGCAUUAUAUAAUCAACUACAUUUACAAGCUUGUUCAAGUGAGAUAAAAUUGUGCAGUAGCUCAACUGAUAGAGCGUUGCACUUGCGAUGCAAAGGAAUGAGGUAAGAGUCCUAAAGAGCACAUGAGUUGACAUAUAAGUUGAAAGUGUUAGAAGUAUGAGAAAAUGACAAGAUUGCUUCAGCAAUUAAAUUUGCUAUCCCACAUUUGCUUUUCUGACACUGUCAGUUAGGUUUAGGUUUAAGGUUUGGAGUAGGGAGGUAUUUUUGGUUGAUUUAAAACUCAAUAGAGCAUUAACCUUAAACACUUCAUCUGUUUGUGAGAAAAUUUCACUCGCUUUAAGCGCCACACAGUGGAUAUUUCACCUCGGAACUGCUGCAACACGUGUAAUGAACCAUGUAGUUUCGUUUGUUGCCACAGUCAAGUCAUAUUCAUGAGAUUAGGCUGUCAUCUUCUUAGGACCACCAAUGAACAUCUUUUCAUAACAUUAUUUGUAUUUCAGUAUUAGCCCCAGACAACUUAAAAUAUUGCACUAUAACUUGUAUUAAAUUUAUUUCUUAAAAAAUGGAACUUAUCUAGAAAUUGUUCUUUAUAAAGUUGCAUGGCUUUGUAAUGAUGAAGGCACCUAGUGUGUUUUAAAAAUUCAUUUAAAGUAUUUUAUUUUUUAAGUAAAAGAGUAGAAUGUCAAAGAAAAUCAAAGAAAUUAGAUGCAAUUGCAAAAGUAGCACUUCCAAAUGUAGACAUCCGAUGGCUUACAGGCAACUGAUGACAAAGCAAAAAUAAUAUUACUCAAAAUAUUUAUAAAUGUUCAUAUUCCGAUCUUAGUUUCAGCAAU